UUUCAGAGAAAUCAUUUAGUAAUUGCAAAAUGCAUCUGCAGUACAGAGCUCUGUUGGGUCUCCUGGGCCUAGUUUUAUUCUGUGGAGCAAGUUCUAAUGCCCAGCCAGCUGAGCCAGUUGCCGCCAGAUUGGUGGGCAUAAGCCCCACUAGCCUGAUAUUUAUCAAGGACACGUACUACUACAUUGAGUCCUCGGCCCAAAAGAACUGGUUUAAUGCCCUCGUAGCCUGCCAGCAAAUCGGCUACGAAUUGGUCUCCCUGCAAAACGAAGAAAAGUUCAACAUAUUGGUUAAUUUUCUCAUCUCUUCGCGGAAAAAACUAUAUUAUUGGACUUCAGGAAAUGAUCUCUACACUUUGGGAAAACAUCAUUGGUAUCCCGGUAACGAGACGGUCUCAGCCAGCCUUUGGGGACCUAAGCAACCGGACAAUUUGGGUGGAGUGCAGCACUGCGAUGCACUAUGGAAGAAGAGUAAUAGUUACGUCUUGAAGGACGACAACUGCAAUUUGGCUAGAUACUACAUUUGUGAGCUGGUUAUUCCUUCUGCUACUACUGCUGCUCCUGCUACUUCGGAGCCUACUACUCCUGCUUCAACUUCUUCAUUAUCUACUUCGGCUCCUGAAUCUUCUUCAUCUACUUCUGCUCCUGAAUCUUCAUCAUCUACUUCUGCUCCUGAAUCUUCAUCAUCUACUUCGGCUCCGGAAUCUUCUUCAUCUACUUCUGCUCCUGAAUCUUCUUCAUCUACUUCUGCUCCGGAAUCUUCUUCAUCUACUUCUGCUCCUGAAUCUUCAUCAUCUACUUCUGCUCCGGAAUCUUCUUCAUCUACUUCUGCUCCUGAAUCUUCAUCAUCUACUUCGGCUCCUAAAUCUUCUUCAUCUACUGCUGCUCCUUAAAAAUAACUUAACUAUUUCAAUACCAACGUUUUAUUCAGUUUAUUCUUGAAACCUAACUAAACUUGUAUUUUAUUUACUUAAUAAAUAUUAAUAAAUAAUUUUUGCUUCAAAAUGAAAAAA